UUGUACAUUUAAUAAAUAAAUGGUAUUAAAAAAACAUAUUAAUUUCCCAACUAACAGUUGGCUAUUUCGAUUGUUGAAAACAACAAUAUUAACAUAACCUCAAUCUUUUUUUGAUUUUUAAUCAAAUAAGUUAUUAUAAAAAAUAUGAGUCUCCAUGCGGAUUUUGGUCCAGAUUCCGGUGGGCGAAUGAAAGGCGUGUGCAUUGUAAAACCAAUAGUGUAUGGCAAUGUAGCUCGUUAUUUCGGUAAAAAACGCGAAGAAGAUGGACACACACACCAAUGGACGGUUUAUUUAAAACCUUAUAAUAACGAGGAUAUGUCUGUUUACAUCAAGAAGGUACAUUUUAAGUUACAUGAAAGUUACGCAAAUCAGAAUCGUAUAGUUGUAAAACCGCCAUAUGAAAUCAGCGAAACCGGUUGGGGAGAAUUUGAAAUUGUAAUUAAAAUUCAUUUUAAUGAUCCAAAUGAAAGACCAGUUACUAUGUAUCACAUACUGAAAUUGUUUCAUACUGGGGGUACAACUGAGUUGGGUAUGGACCAAGGGAAAGGUUUGGUAUCUGAAAGUUAUGAUGAAGUUGUUUUUCAAGAUCCUACUCAAUUGAUGCAUCACAUGUUGACAAAUACAAAACAGUUAACUAUGGGCAAUUGGGAACAACAUACAAACUUUGAAGAUAAAAAGGAGAAAACACUAAAAGCUAUAUUAGAAGCUAAACAAAAAAUUAGAAAUGAAAUUGUGACAUUAAAAAAUCGGUUAAAAUUAUCCAGAGAAACUAUUUCUCAAUUUAAAGACGAAAUUGCUAAAACUCAAGAUAACCAAUAUAUUUUGUAAUUUUAUUUAUUUUUAAUUUUGUCAUUGAUGUACAUAUAGAACAUAAAUAAGUGAGUUUGAAUUAUUGCGAUAAAUGUUUGGAUUCUUUGGGAGGAUUCCCAAAACAUUCCCAUGUUAUUGGAUUACAUCUCUUUUCUCUUGGAACAAUGACGAGCUCUUCAUUUGGUGUUACAUAAAAUGAAGGUUGAUCGCGUAAUUUUAAUAAUAAUGUAUCUAGGUUACUUUGAUGCAUAAGUGAUGAGUUUUUCCUUUAAUAAUAAAAGAAUUUAAAUAAAUGCUUUUUAUGUG